AUGAGUGCCAUGGCCAUCGCCGCGGCGAGCGCCAUGCCCGGGCCACUAGCGCCCUCAGCUGGUACGCCUGCACCUCCGGCCGCAAGCGCCGUGGUGAAGAGGCCGUUGAAACUGGUAUUGAGGAAACCAGCAAUAAUCCGAUCCCAAGUAUCAGCAGCGGCGGUGAUGCUGGACGAGCCAGAACUCGAGUUGGCUCCUCCAGCCCCCGAGCCCUCGCCCGAGCAAGCCGACGCACCGGAACCAGCAGAGGGGGCAGAUGUGGCCUUGCCUGACUCACCGCCGCCCGAGCUCCAGCACGCGAAACUUGAAGCUGGUGGCGAUGAGCAAGUCGAGGCCGCCGUUACCGUGCCCGCCGAGGUUGAAGAGACCACGCAGCCGUCAGUCUGGGAGGGUGCGGGUACUUCUGGCGAAGCAACCGUGCUGCCAACCCCUGGAGGAGAGAUCGACAACGCACUCCAAGUGAUGCACCUCCCAAGGGACGACCUAAGCCGCGUGCGGCAAAUGAUCAAGGCGAUCGAUAAGUUUGCCCUGGAUAUGAGCCGGAACACCGAUGAGCAGGCCGUGAAGCUGGGAGAGUCCGCUAAGCGAAUUGACGAGCUAAUGCAGGAGCGGGCCGACUUCGAGCGGACCAUCACCGAGCUCCAAGAUGAGGUCGAGAAGCUGCGGAAGGUAUUUGCUGACAUGGAACACCAGUUUGUCGACUGCCUCCAGCAAAUCAAGACUCUAGGCGAAGAGAAGAGGCGGCACCAGAAGGAACUCGACGAUUUAAAAGCAGCAGCCCAGGAACUCGAUAUGAGCCAGAAAGCCGAUGAGCAGGCUAUGAAGCUGGAAGAGUCCGCCAAGAGAAUUGACGAACAAAUGCAGGAGCGGGCCGGCUUCGAGCGGACCCUCACUGAGCUCCAAGGCCGGCUCACGGAGCAGCGAAAGACCCAUCAAGAUGAAGUCGAGAGUCUGCAGAAGGUUAUGGCCGACACAGAGAAACUGUUCAUCGACUGCCUCUAG